UAAAUGGGUGUUGAAGUGGCGGUCAUCCGGUUGCAGAAGGAACCGAUGACAUCGCCGGAACUUGCCGCUCCGUCCGACGACUCCAUUCCCGUCUCUGACGCUGGAGACUCGUCUCAGUCCUUCCUUCAACAACUCUCCCCACGGUCUCUUUUGUUUUUAUUUUUAUUUUUUUUAUUUUUUUCAACUGUCCUGUAUUAAUUGUUUCUUUGAUGUGAAUGUUGGGAGACAUAAGCUUGGAAUUUCCAGGAAAUUCGGAUUGUUAAGCGACUGGACUUCUAUAGGAAACCUCAUGUCUUGGUGCUUUGGCGCCAGGAAUCUUUGGUUGCUUCUGAGUCCGUUCUUUGCUAGUUCGCUCAAAUGCCAAUCCAUUGGAAUCCAGGAGCAAACAAACCCAUUGCUUCUUUGUUGAUGUGGAGUUUAUUUUGAAGUUGGAAUUCCACGAUAUCGGAAAGUCAGAUAUCCCGACGAGGGUUGUGGAGUUCUGGUUGCUGGAAUUGGAAUUCCAGGCCAUUCUGGCGUUCGAUAGACCUUUUUACUUUGAAAGUGCUGAAGUUCGUUUCCCUCUCGAACGAGAUUGAACUAUGCCCUUCAACGUCCGAGAAUGAAAUGAAUAUCUAUCCACCUUCCUAUAAUGCAUUUUGCUUGUAGCUUUCUUCAUAUAUUUUUGUUAUAAAAUCCUAACAACUCUGAUUAGGGUAAGGGAUUGGAUGGAGGCUUUAGCCGGGUGGUGGGAAACCCCGGUCACCGGAAACUACCCUGGAUCAUUAACUAGUCUUUGUAAGAUUAAGUGAUGAUUAUUUAGUUAAUUUGAAUCAUGUAAUUACUGCUGAAGAAUAAUGAAUUACAAGUUACGUGAUGAUUUAUAUGAUUGUUGACUGUUGAAUCUGGAACAUGUUAUUAUUAGACAUUAUUUAGUUAUCAAUUCCUCUUGGCACAUUGGAGUUUGUAUAUUUCCAUUCUCAUCAUUUUCAUCUGGCCCUUUUUCCCCGUCAAACCAGUCACCUAGACAUGUACGCGCCUUGUGUUAUAAAUCAUGAAGAAUCCUCCUACGUGGACCACGAUGAGAUAAAUCAUGAAGAACCCUCUUGUUACGUGGACCACGAUGAGAAAACUAUCAUAUAUGAUUAAAUCUUCGUUGUGUGUAAUUGAUGCCCCUUCCUCUUCCUUUUGGGCUAGGAUUGCUGUAUGCAUAGGCAAAAAGAGGAAGACAAAGAUCUUCUUUCUCAAGUGAAGAGAGCAUUUCAUGUUUCUCGUGAAUUUUGCCAUGGAAAAAGAAAAGGACAAAGUAGUUCAAAGCAUAUUUUUCUUCUUGACCUUCAGACCUUGUCUUAGUGCCUCCAUUCUGAGCGGGAGAUCUUCAGUUUCUGACAUAGCUGGAAAUAUUCUGGUUAUGACUUCCCCACAUAGGAGUUCCUGUCAAGUCGCUGCGUAGAGCUUUUAUCACUAUGGAAGGGCGAGGGUUGUUGCCAUAUCUUGUUUGUCAAGCUUGGGGCAUUUAAAAGUUAUGACGUUAAAAGCAUAAGCUGGAAAAUAGUAACAGGAUCCUUCAUGGUUUCCUUUUACGUUUCUUCCAUUUCUUUGACUACCAUGUUAUUCUUGUUAAGGUCUUCAAAGUGUCAUGUGACCCUGUCCCCCACUGAAGCCUGACUUUUGUCAAGAAAUACUAAAAUUUGAAAACUAAAACAAACAUAAGAGAAGAAAAACCAUUGCAGCAUGAUAACAGAAAAAACUGUCACAUAAUAUGUUUCAUGGUACGUUUUUUUAAAAAUAUAAAAAACAAAGGGCUUAUAAAACUUGAAAGAAAUGAAAACAAAGGAAUUAUAUACUUAUUACUUAGCAAGUUUAAGAGAUGCCUUCUUUGAAAAUCUUGGGAUAGUAUUGCAGUGUUUUCAUCAUUAUCGACUAUGCUUUGCCUUGGCCACACUGGAGUUCCUGUCAAGCCGCUGCUUAGAGCUUUUAUCACUAUGGAAGGGCAAGGGUUGUUACCAUAUCUUGUUUUUCAAACUUGGUUCACUUAAAAGUUCAUGACUCUUAAAGCAUAAGCUGGAAAAUAGUAACAGGACCCUUUAUGGUUUCCUUUUAUGUUUCAUCCAUCUCAUAACUACCAUGUUAUUCCUGUUAAGGUCUUCAAAGUGUCAUGUGACCCUGCUCCCCACUGAAGCAUGACUUUUGUUAAGAAAUACUAAAAUUUGAAAACUCAAACCAAGAUUACGGAAGAAAACCCAUUGCAUAAUAACAGAAAAAACUGUCACAUAAUAUGUUUUGUGGUACAUUUUUUUUAAGAUAUAAAAAGCAAAGGGUUUAUAAACUUGAAAGAACAAAUGAAUUAUAUACUUUGCAAGUUUAAGAGAUGCCUUUUGAAAAUCUCGGGAUAGUAUUGCAGUAUUUUCAUACAUUGUCGCCUAUGCUCUGUCUUGGCCACACUGGGGUUCCUGUCAAGUGCGGGGGCUGUUACCAUAUCUUGUUUUUCAAACUUGGUGCAUUUAAAAGUCUACGACAUUUAAAAACAUAAGCUGGAAAAUAGUAACAGGACCCUUCAUGGCUUCCUUUUAUGUUUCUUUCAUCUCAUAACUGCCAUGUUAUUCUUGUUAGGGUCCUCAAAGUGUCAUGUGAACCUGCCCCCCACUGAAGCAUGACUUUUGGCAAGAAAUACUAAGAUUUGAAAACUCAAACAAAGAUAAAAAAAAACUAAUAUGUAAUAACAGAAAAAAACUUUUUUAAUGUAAUAGCAGAAAAAACUAUCACAUAAUAUGUUUUAUUGUACCUUUUUUGUAAAAUAUAAAAAUGGAUUUAUAAAACCUGAAAGAAAUGAAAACAAAGGAAUUAUAUAUUUUGCAAGUUUAACAGAUGUCUUCUUUGAAAAACUCGGCAUAGUAUUGCACUAUUUUCAUACAUUGUCCACUAUGCUGGGUCUUGGCCAAAGUGGUGUACAAAGAGGUAAUAGUGUUUUUUUUUCCAUUCAAAAUGACAAACUUUGGAAUAGCAAAAAAAAAAAAAAAAAAAAAAAAAAAAAAAAAAAAAAAAAAAAAACGUUUUUCUUACCAUACGAAUAUUUCAGUGCAAAAAAAAUACAAAACAUAAAACUUUAACAAUAGGAAAGAAUCACAUUACUCAUGUUUGUCAUUUUUCCUCUUUUAGUUAUUAUGAUUGUGAAGGAAAGUUUUGCUCAUUACAUGCCAGCUGGAAGUGCUUAUCGGAAUCAGGUGCUAUAUGAAUAAAGGAGUCACCAUGGAGCCAGCAGAAGUGGUUGCAAGCAGAGAGAGAUUGCUUUUGUCCUGAAUAUAUCAGCCUACUGUAGAGAGAGUUUGCUUUCACAGUCUGGUCCAAAUACAUUUCUCAGGGAACUAUGGUCAAUGAUGUGGCAUGUUUUUAAAGAUUGACGAAAGCAAAAGUUCCAAGAAGAGGCAACAUGUCUGGGAAAGAACUGGAAGCAACCUCCCCAGCUUGUGUUGCUGUGUCUCCAAUUUUCUGGGAUGGCAGCAUCUCACCAGCACUUGGGAUUACAAUUGUCAGUUGAAACAAACAAAAGGCACAAGUGCCCAGCAUGUUACAAACAAUACAAGAAAAAGGCACAUUUAGUUGAACAUAUGAGGGAAUCAUUUCACUCUGCUCAUGAACCUGUUUGUGAUAUCUGCAAGAAGCACUUCAAAUACUUCGAGUCAUUGAGAGAGCAUCUGACAGGCCCAAUAUCAAAUACCGAGUGUGCAGAGAUAUUUGCUGAUCAAGGAUGCACAUAUUGUCUGCGCAUCAUUGGUACACCUGGUGCAAUAAAUGGACAUCGGGAGAGAUGCAUGAACCCACCUGAAAUUUUGCAGAACCACCAAGGUCGUCCAGUGGCUGCCCUAGACUGUGAGAUGGUUGGAGGGGGAAGUGAUGGAACACUCGAUCUUUGUGCAAGGGUGUGUCUUGUUGGUGAAGACGAAAGAGUGCUUUUUCAGUCCUUUGUCCUUCCUUUGAUUGCUGUCUCCGAUUAUAGAAGCGAAAUUACUGGAAUAACAGAAGCUGAUUUUAGAAAUGCACUGCCACUCUGUCAAGUAAGAGUUAUCAUUCAAAACAUCUUAUAUAAUGGAGAGUCAAUAGGUAGGAUCCGCCUAGAUGGUGGCAGAGCAAGGGUUCUUGUUGGUCAUGGAUUGAAGCAUGCCCUUGAUUGUCUUGACAUGGACUAUCCUGUUCAUUUGAUCAGAGACACUGCAGAAUACCUUCCAUUGAUGAGAACUAACCAUAUGAGUUUCUCGCUCAAGUACCUUACGCAAGCUUUCUUGGGAUAUAGCAUACAAGAGGGUGUUCAUCAGCCAUAUGUAGAUGCAGUUGCUUCGUUAAGACUCUACAGAAAGCUACGAUCUCUAGCCCAUCAGCCUGAGUAUCCUAUAGGCCGUAUUGGAGACCACCGAGCUGAUAUGUUUGACGGAAGGUCAUCUAAGGAGUUGGAGAAUUUGAACCCGGAAGAACUGAUAAAUUUUUCCAGAUCAAAUUACUGGUGCUGGUGUUUGGAUCGCAGCGCGGUUAGGAAUCUGGAGCGCAGUGAUCUUUAGUGUUGUGGAUCUAUAUACGGAAUCAUUAUACUGAACCUUUCAAUAUUUCUUACAUAGCGAACAAGUUAGUAUCUUGCCGCGCAGGUUUGACUAGAUAUUCUUAUGAAUUCUUUUGACUAGAUAUUCUUCUGAAUUCUGGCUCUCUAUCAUGGUUUUUAUCUCUUAAA